AUGGAGUGGGAUCUCGUGCUCUACCCCGACGACGUCGGCGAGUGGAGCGUCGGGAAGGUGGAGACCAUCGACCUCGACGACGGCGAGUGCGUGGUUCAGCCGCUGUUCGAGGAGGCGGACGAGCAGGGGGAGAGAACGCGCGUUUGGCUCGAAAGUCAUUCGCGGCCGCCGAGGACGGUGAAACUGAGCGACAUCAGGUGUGUUCUCGACGCGGACUUCGCGCAAAGGAUGGCGCCGGACCGGGUGUCAAACCCGCACGGCGAACACGCGGAGGAUUUCUGGGAGAUCACGGCGGAGCUGCCGCCGGGGACGCGACGGGACGACGAUUGA